CUGGACUGUCAACAAGCGUGAACCGAGCAGCUUUUCUUAUAAGAAGGAAAAAAUGUCAAAAAACAUGGAAGCGGAUCAGAAGUAGUUGUUUUCUGAGACACCAGAAGAAAAAAUCGAUUUUAGCACACAAAACAACGCAAGUGAUAGCUCUCACCAGUAGUGAUUAGCGCCGGACAUGAUGGAGCGCUUCGCGAUUAAUAUUCUGCACAAGCAAAUCUACAAAAUCUGCCGUUUGUGUGGGGUGGAUAAUCCGGUCAAGUUUCCCAUCAUCGACGAGAAUGAAACCAUCAUUGUCGGCGAAGACGACGAAGCGACGCUAGCGAAAAAAAUCGAGGAGUGUGUUGGUAUACAGGUUAGCAAAGAUGAUAAAAUGCCACAGAAUAUUUGCUCACUGUGUGUGGAUAAAAUCAGUGACUUUUUCGAGUAUCGAUUGAUGUGUGCUGCGACUAAUUUGCAAACAAGAACCAUUUUAAAUUUACCGUUGGUGGAUCCAACGCGAAAGCUGCUUACAUUUGGGGGUCUUCCGAAACAGGAAGUAAAGGACAUCAAGGAGGAUGUUAAAAAAGUGGUUGAAGCUGCCAGCUCUAGUACGAGUAGCACUGUGAGUCCAAGUGCGGGCAAAAAGGGAAGAAAGAAACGCGCUCCUCAAACUCCGUCUCCGUCGCCGGCACCGACAACAAGAAUCAAGGCAGCGGCAGAUAUAGUUAAAGAUGAACCAAUUCCGUCGACUCCUGUGAAAGCACUCACAAAGAAAGAGCGCCUGAAGCAAUUACAGGCACAAAAAGAGAAGGAAGAAGAUAGGAAGAAAAAGGAAGAGAAGCCUCUUGAGAUUGUUGUUGAACAAAAGCACACCAGAUCCAAACGUAAAGAGCCUUCGCCAAUAAAAGAACUCGACAAGUCUUCUUCGAAGCCAGAACUAACUGUUCCUCCACCGAAAAAAAUCAAAUUCGAACAUCCUUGUUCGUAUUGUUCAGAUGAAUUUAAGACUCAGACAGAACUGGACAGUCAUUUGAGAACGAGGCAUGUACCAGCUAUUCGUAAGUUUGGUUGUGCGUCCUGCCGGGAAACCUUUGAAACCAUUCUCGAAUCGAAGGAUCACAAUUUGUGGCAUCAGUUGACCCGUACUCUUUACACCUGCUUUAAAUGUAAGCGAAAAUAUGACAAAAAUCUGGCGUUAAUCAAGCACAUGUCGAUGAAUGCUUGUGGACGUGUCUCAAGAGGACGACCUCCAGCGACAUUGCCCGAUGUUCAGUGUCGUCUGUGUAACAAAAAGUUUAAAACUCAGAAUCUGUACGAGUGGCACAGUUGUUUCUUGAAGCCAAAAUCCAAGUGCCCAAAAUGUGGCAAGUAUUUCGUCAAAAAACAAAUUCUCUCCCGGCACUAUAUGAUGUUUUGCACGGGAACACUUCCACCGGUGGAUCCAGUAAUUGUUCUCAAAGAGGAACCAGUUGAUCCGAGCGAGAAAUCUGGAACUACCCCGGUUGGGGCAUCACCAGCCAAUCCCGAGCGUAGAACACGUCGUACCGUGCCACAGGAACCGGAACUACCGAAAGAAGAACGAGAAAUUCCUUUUCCGCCUCCACUUGAGCUGGCGCCCGAAUCGUCAUCUGCUCCGACUGUAAGCAAAAAGAAAAGCAGCCGUAAGGAUGCAGUUAUUGAGGAGAACUCCAACAAACCAUCCUCUCCCUCGUUGGCAACUGAGAAGAUUGCGUCGCUUCUAGAUAGUGGAGCCAAGCUGGAUGGCGAUACCGAUAUUGCUACCAUCAACAAUUUGCUUAGCUCAGUUUCGCAAGCGAUUGCAAGCAUUUCAGAGGCGAAAGCAAAAAAGAAGAAGAAAAAGAAGGAUCAAAAAAUCAAAGAACGAGAGCGAAUGGAAGAAGGUCCAGCAGAAGUGGUUCAAAAAGAGGCUCCUUCGCCCACGGAUGAGAGAACUGAAGACGAGAAACAGGCAGAAGCACUGGCUCAAGAAGUGGGCGAAAUGAGCUUAGAUCAGCAGCUGGCGUUCUGCUCGGACAAGCUUCCGAUGGUGGUAUUAUCGAAGACGACUUUCAAAGAAGAAUGCACAGAAAUCGACACGGAACCAUCGAAGCUCCAGGAGCCAAUGGAUAGUGAGUCUGUUGAUGAUACGAUUGAGAACGUGGACGGUCGUGAUGAUUUUGACGGCAACGUCGAUAAUGAUCCUGGAUUCCAGGAGGAAGACAAUGACAUUGAUGAAGAGAACCAAGAGCAACCAAUGGAAGACUCUUCUGUACAGAAAGAGGAAGCUCGAAUAGCAGACGAAAACACAAAUUCUCCAGCUGACGAAGACGAAGAGGAAGACGAAGAAGAAGAUAUUCCAUUCCCAGUUCCUAUCAAGGAGGAGUGUGGAAUGGAGGAGGAACCACCGGCUCCUGAAAAAGAAGAAACUGCAAGCCAAGUUUCUGUUGAAAAGGAAGGUGAUUCAAAUUCAAAACCUGAACAGUUGCCUUCUCCACCAAGGCCAUCGAAUAUCGGUGAGGGGUUGUUUGAUGGACAGUUAGCUGUCACCAUAAAGAAAGAACCCGGAUUAGAGGAGGAAUGUGAAUUGGAACUAGCCAAGCGAAUACAACCCGAAUCCCCCACAUCCGUCUUCUCGCCCUUAUCGUCCCUCAGUCCGGGUAGAAGUGCUAUGCAGAGUUCUCCCAAACCUGCACUGAUUCUCAAAAUCAAAAAGGAGAAAGGCUUACUCAACGCAUCACCGGAUAAAUCAAAUAAAAUUCACACCAUUGUUUUGAAUGACGAUGAUGACGAUGAUGAAGAUUACACCGACAGAAACUCAAGUAAGAAUAAAACAAAAGUCUACAAGAAGCCUAACAUUUUGGCGGUUAAAAUUAAGCAAGAAAAGUUUGACCCUAGCUAUGAUCGAGAGGACAGGUCAAAUGAUUUCGAACUCCCCGGUGGCAUUCAAAUCAAACGAGAACGGGUCGAUUCUGACGACGAAUCAACGCAGUCGCAAAAGAAAACCAGUCGAGAAACGGAAGAAGAUUCAUUAUCGAUUCCACCCCGAAAAAAAUCUCGUACCUCAUUGGAAGAACAAUCAUCAUCUGUCGUUGCUUUUGAUGGUGUUCGAAUCAAACAGGAAAAGGAAGACCUCGUUGAACCUGUUGAACUCUUCUCCCAGUCCGGUGAGCCAAGAGAGAAGCCAAAGGCUGCUGAGAAGAAGAAAAAAUCCAAAGUCAAAAUCAAUCCGUUUGCAUUGCUGAAGCAACGCAUGGCAGCGGAAGCCGCAGCGAAAAACAGUUGCAACACUGAAGCAAGCAAUCCUGUUCUGCAAGCGCCCUCUCCUCUUCCAGUGAUUACGAAUGUUGUAGGUAACGCUCCGGCAUCGGGAUCAUCUUCUGAAAGAACUUCCCCAGUACCACAACAAUCGGGGGCAGAGAUAAAACAGAAAGAAACUGUUAUCACCCAGGAAUCAUCGGUUGACGAAGAGAAGAGAAAGAAAGAGUUUUGUAAAGAUUUACCUAUGCCAAUUAAAAUGGAACCAGUGGAUGAGGCGCUCGAGCCAGAAGAGAACGAACAGAGUCAGUCUAUCGAUGAAAUUCAUGUGCUACCAAUGCCUAUCAAAGUUGAAGCAUUCGAUGAGAACCCUCCGGAGGCUCUGGCCGUUGGUGAAAAAUUAGAAUUGCCUACACUAAUCAAGGGAGAGCAUCAGGAACAGUUUCAAAUUUGUACGGAUGAUUCUGGAGUGAUAGAAAAGACAGACUUGCCGGAACAACAAGAAGUCGAACGAAAAUCACCGGAACGAGUGUCACCGGAGAACGAAAGACUCAAUGAGGAACCGGAGAAUUCGACAUCAUCGAUUUCAGAUACUCCAAUGGAAGCCUAUGAUCAGGAUUCGCAGACAAACUUGAAUAAACAAUUGAAGGAUGACGACCGAAGCGUGGAUGGUUCUAUUUCUUGUUCAGAACAAGAAUCUCAGAAGGAUGGUAGUGAAAAAGAUGUUGAAAGUGGUACGGAUUUUGGAGAAACACUUGAAACACAAAUAGAUUUAAAAGCAUCAACAAACGCAAGCGUAAAUGCGCAAACAAUUGCGUCCACCCAUGCAGAAUCGAGAGAAAUUGACGCAAGGACGGAAUCGUUGGCUAUCAAUGAGGUAAGUGCUACUAAUACUGGUGAAAUACUCGAAACACAAAUAGACUCCAAAGCAUUAACAAAUGCAAGCGAAGAAGCGCAAAUCACCCACGCAGAAUCGAGAGAAAUCGAUGCGGCGACGGAAUCGCUGGUUAUAAAUGAAGUAGUAAGUUGUCCCACACAAUCGACAGAGGCCGGUACUGUUCACAGUAUUAACGAUCAUCCAGUGCCGGAGCAAUCAGUUCUUUCCGGCCACAAAGCACCAUCCGAGACGGAUUUGGAAGAACUACAGAAUUUGCUGACAGAGGGACUGAAAACGCCAGAUAUUCCCUGUCCCUCUUUGCAUGCAUUGCCCGACAAUUCGUCAACUACUGCCACUAAUAAUGCCAUGCCGAGCGCUGCACACGCUUCAGACUCGGACGUCGCCACUGGUGUGAUGGCGGAUCGGAUAGAGGAUGAGCUGGACAGUUUGUUGAACAACAAACUUGAAGAGAUCUCCGAUCAGUUAAAGCAGUCAACUAUGACUCCAUCAAUGAUGGAAGUAGCAACGGCAUCAACAGGUGCAUCGCAUGACAUCAGUUUGGCCAUCGAGCGUGAAUUAUUACAGGAAAUUAUGCCGGAACAAACUGACGAUGCGCUGCGGACAGAGAUGAAUCAAACAUCGGAUAAUAUGAGUAACAGCAUGCUGGAUGUAGGAAACAGCAGAUCGUAAGAUAUCAAUAGCAAUGUAUUAUCGUACAUCGAUCGUAUGGUUUAUUUCUCUCCUCUCAAAUCAUUCUUCCUAUUUAUAUACAAGAACAAGUAGAUUGUGAUCACGAUAGGCAUACCGGAGCUUCAUAUAUAUUAUAUUUUGCUCUUUUUAAACAGUCUGACCGCUCCUUGCAGUGAUACAUAAAAUCUACUCACUUCAUAAAGAGCCAACAAAAUAUAAAAAUUGAUUGAUCAGGUUUUCAUUUUUCGGCAUGAAACACUCGAAACAAUUAAGGAGUUACAAUAAGGACUACAUUAUCUAUGAAUGUAAUAGUGGAAGAAACCAUAAGUCGUAUGAGAAAAAGUGUUUAGAAAAAAAAAUUAAGAGAAAUCUGUAUUGCUAAAAGUAAUAAUGGAUAGUGAAUUGCGUAUAAUUCAAUAAUAAAU